AUCAGCGCAGAUUGUCUGGUCGCGUGUGCGCAUUAUCACAAUGACAUCAUGGUCUGACUUUGCAGCAUUGCAUCGUAGAUACCGCAUGUAAACGGGUGAAAGGAAAAAGGACAUGGAUACAAAUAUAUUUAAUUUCUCAAUAAAAAAGACUAUCAUAAGAAUGAGGAAGCGCUGGUAAUAUACGCAAGUAACGCAACCGAAGACAGGACCCUCUUAUUUCAGUGCAUAUUAAGGUAUUCCACGGAUAAUCCAUAGUUGCAGCCGUGUUCGCCAUGGCUAACUCGUGUGGGACAGUGGAGAUGGCGUCAUUGGAAUGUGCUGCCUCGAAUCUGGCAUGUGAAGCAUCACCGGAGCCUGACAGUGGGGCGCUGAGGAUGGUACUGGUGGGGAAGACAGGCGCAGGGAGAAGCUCUUCUGGUAACACCAUCCUAGGGAGGCAGGCAUUCCGGGUGGACAUCUCUUCAUGUUCUGUAACUGGUCAGUGUGACAGACAGAGUGGAGCUGUGGCUGGGAGGAACCUCACUGUGGUCGACACCCCAGGGUUCUUCGACACGCGCCUCUCCCCUCAGGAGGUGACAGCUGAGGCAGGCCGCUGUGUGGUGCUGUCCGCCCCUGGCCCCCACUCCUUCCUGGUGACCCUUCAGCCUGGCAGGUUCACUCAGGAGGAGCGGGAUGCCCUGGAGUGGGUCAAGGCCACUUUUGGACCAGGAGCCCUCAGAUACACAGUAGUACUGUUCACCUGGGGUGACCAGCUUCAGGGAAAAAGCAUGGAAGACUUCCUGAAGGAGAGCCAGGAGCUCCAGGAGUUUGUGAGUAGAUGUCAGGGGGGCUACCAUGUCUUUAACAACAGCAACAAGAUAACAGACUGCACUCAGGUCACAGAGCUCCUGGAGAAGAUAGACAAGAUGGUGACGCAGAACGGAGGUGGCUGUUACACCAACCUGAUGUACCAGGAGGCAGAGAGAGCCAUCAGAGAAGUGCAGGAAGGAAUUCUGGGAGAGAGAAGGAUAACUCCAUUGAAGCAGGAUGAGGAUGGGGUGAAGACAGGGCCAGAGCCUCAGGGACCAGAGGCAGAGAGAAUGAGAAGGAGGGAAGAGGAGGAGAGGAGAAGAGAGGAAGAGGCAGCCAGAAAGAAGGCAGAGAAGUUGUUCUGGUGUGAGCUGGUGUCUGCCUUGGGGAAGGGGGCGGCAGAGGGAGCUGGAGUAACAAGCAAAGGGAAAGGGAAAGCAGUGAAAAAGGUUAAGGCGAUAGAGAGGGCAGCAGCUUUGGCUACCACACCGCUGUCAAUCACAUCAGCUGCCAAAGUGGUGGGAGGAGCUGUGAGAGAGGGAAGUAAAGUGCUUUACAAACACCGCAAAACUCUCCUACACUGACGGGGACUUUUAAUAUCCACUAUUAUUCACUGUAUGGUGCUGGGUUAUCAGGUAGAAGAUGAGGGUCUUAAAUAACCAGUACAUUUUUUCUGUCUCUGAAGUGCAAAUUAGUUUUACACACUUAUUUAUCACUCAACUCUGUUCCCUGAAAAAUCAUCACAAUGACUUCACAAGGCAGGCUUGCUAAAGAGCGCAGAUGCACAUUCUUCCAUUGUCAGUCAUAGUUGAUGAAGCUAUUAUUGCACGAACACAUGGAGGUAAAUGAUCAGAAAGUUAAUAAGAUUUGAUAGAAUGCAAAUGCAGUGUAAUACCACUGUAAUGGAACUGCAACCAUCAUCCUUAAUAGAAGGCCAGCCCUGACAGUUGAGGAAGUGAUUCUAUUUGUCCAGGCUGUCAUAGUGCCACGGGAGUAAACAGGCAUUGGUUAUUGAAUACUCAAUAGAAAAGUAAAGUGUGCUGUGAAUUUUUGAAUGGUGUGAAUCACUUGUGUGUGGUUCUGAGUGGUGUGAAUCAAUUGUGUGUGGUUUUGAGUGGUGUGGAUCACUUGUGUGUGGUUCUGAGUGGUGUGGAUCGCUUGUGUGUGUGGUUCUGAGUGGUGUGGAUCACUUGUGUGUGUGGUUCUGAGUGGUGUGGAUCACUUGUGUGUGUGGUUCUGAGUGGUGUGGAUCACUUGUGUGUGGUUCUGAGUGGUGUGAAUCACUUGUGUGUGUGGUUUUGAAUGGUGUGGAUCGCUAGUGUGAGUAUGCAGGAGUAAACAUCCUGGUGUGAUGAAACAAUUUAAAGUCAUUAACACGAAGAACCUGAUGAACCAGUAAAUAUACCUUUUACUGACCUGAUUUACAAAUGAUGAAGGUUCUUUGUAUUAAAAUGUUGAUCAUUACAACAUGGGCACCACAGUUGUAAAAGUUUGGCACACAUAUACAAAUCUAGUAGUACCAAGAUACCUAGUGUAAGUACCUUUCCAUUUUGUUGAAGCGUUAAUCUGCCUUUGCCAUUGUAAUCCUGGUCCAAAACUGUUGUCAAUAAAUGUUGAGAUAUGAAUGAA